AUGUCGACAAGCCACGCUGAAUAUGCGGGCUCAUCAAUCGACAACGACAGCGACAUCUUCUCGGCGGUGCUUGCACACCUUGGAGGCCUGGAGUUUGCAGGCGACUCCAGCUCUGAUGGACUAGAUGCGUCGGAUACAGAUGAUGAGGAUGAGGAUGACGACGAGGCCAGCUACCAGCGGCAAAGCCAAAGCCCAAGUAAAGACACACACAGCAGCGAUGAAGGGGAAACCGCGGCGGACUCGGGGGAUCAUCCGAAAGCCGAAGCGCACCAAAGCAACAAGGGCGUUCCUUUAGAACACCGGCCCUCGAACGAGCCUCCUCCUCCUCCUCCUCCUCCUCCCAGACCAGCGCCCGCAGACACGAGCUCCCGGGAGGCAACAAACCACAGCCGAUCAUACGGCACAAUAUUCCGACCGGGAAUGAGACGGUCCUACCAACCACAACAACCCGGUGGCCCACCCGCGUACGGAUACGAGACUCGGGCCCCCUCGGCAUCCUCUAAUGCCUCGAUUGCCUCCCCGCAAUAUACUAACCAGCUCUACCCCUACCGACCCGGAACGUACAGUACAUAUACAGGCCACUUCACGCUCCCGAGUCACACCACCGCAACGUCUACUACCUCUACCAGCAGCUUCCCCCUCCCCACACGCUCCGCGCCGUUCACCAUGCCCACGCUCCGCGCCCCGCAAACACCUGCCACCUUUUCCGCCUUCGCCGCCGGGCCAUUCCAGCACCAGCCGCAGCCACAGCCACAGCCGCAGCCACAACCCCCGACCCCCGCCCCACAGCCAAAAAAGAAAGGCUACGUCCGCCGCGCAGACAAAGGCCCGCGCCCACCAUCCAAGAAGUACCCGGCACGGCCGCAGAAGCAGAAGGUCUUCUACCCGGUCGAGCUGCUGCCGUUCGGGAAGUCGGGAACGCUGGAGGUGCAUGAGAUUGCGAAGCGGGCCGGCGCGGGGAAGGGCAAGAGGGAGGCGAGGGCGUGUCCGUUGUGUGAGAGGAGCUUUGAGACGGAGCAUCGGUUGAAGGAUCAUUUGGAGGGUUCGGUGCAUAGGGGGAGUGCGGUGGGGUGGGGGGGUGGCGGGGGUGAGGGGGCGGGGAAGAAGAGGAAGGGACGCGGGGGCGGGGGCGGGGGCGGGGGCGCGUAG